AUGCAGUCGAAAACUGUUUCCAAGCCAGCCUCCACUUCGAAAAACAGUCAAGCCAGCCCCCACAUCGUUUUGCGUUGUAUACUCGGCAUUACGCAAAAAACAACAUCUCAAACUUUUGCCAUAGCUGCAGCGAUGUGGACUGGUCGGGGACCGAGGGCUGUGACAAUUGUUGGGACUGUGACGAGGUCCAGAUCCAGUGCUACUGCCCUAAAAUCCCAGUAUGAUGCACUCGUAAUCGGAGGAGGACACAAUGGAAUGGUGGCUGCUGCCUAUCUUCAGAAGGGGGGACUGAAGACAGCGGUGCUGGAGCGCAGACAUGUUCUAGGAGGAGCAGCAGUUUCAGAAGAACUCUUUCCCGGUUUCCACUUCUCCAGGUGUUCCUAUUUGCUCAGUUUAUUAAGGCCACAUAUAUACACCGAUUUAGAGCUCAAGAAACAUGGGCUGAAGGUGUAUAUGAGGGACCCCCAUGCCUUCACCCCUAUGCUGGAGGAGGGGAUAAACGGGGCCCCGCCAAGGUCUCUGACCCUGGGCUCCGAUCUGGCCAUGAAUCAGAUGGAGAUCGGCAAGUUCUCAAAGAAGGACGCCAAGGCUUUCCCAGAUUUCAAUGCAUACCUUGAGAAGCUAGCAGGAGCUAUUCACCCUCUUCUGGAUGCUCCUCCUGUCGACAUCCCAGGUCUUACCUCUGGUUCGCCCAUGAAGAGGCUGGCUGCGGCUAAAACACUGAUGCCUGUUGUCAAAUGUGGUUUGAAACUGGGAAGAAAUAUUCCUGACUUUUAUGAGAUUAUAACUGCACCCAUAAUGAAGAUUCUCAAUCGUUGGUUUGAGUCUGAGCCACUGAGAGCAACCCUGGCUACUGAUGCUGUGAUAGGAGCCAUGACCAGUCCAAGUAAUCCUGGCAGUGGAUAUGUACUCUUGCACCAUGUGAUGGGAGAGUUGGAGAAGGAGAAAGGUUCAUGGGGUUAUGUGGAAGGAGGCAUGGGAGGCGUGUCUCUGGCUAUUGCGAGCUCUGCUCGAUCCUAUGGCGUUGACAUUUUCACUGAGAAGGAUGUAGGACAGGUCCUGGUUGGUUCAGAUGGUGCUGCCAAGGGAGUGGUGCUAAAGGAUGGCACAGAGAUCCAUAGUAAAGUUGUUUUAUCAAAUGCUACCCCAUAUGUUACCUUCAAGAACCUCACACCUCAGGCUGCCCUUUCUCCAGAGUUCAUGAAAGCUGUAGAUCAGAUAGACUACACUUCACCUGUGACCAAGAUCAAUGUGGCAGUGGACAAGCUACCAAACUUCCUAGCAUCUCCCACACCAGAUGAUAAACCAGGACCCCACCACCAGUGCUCCAUUCAUCUAAACUGUGAAAGUGUAGAGCUACUGGAGAAGGCAUACAAAGAGGCCAUGAAUGGACGUCCCUCAGCAAGACCCAUGCUGGAAAUGACCAUCCCCUCUGUGUUGGAUCCUACUCUGGCGCCCCCUGGCAGCCACGUGGUGUCACUGUUCACCCAAUACACGCCCUACCACAUCGAGGGCAGGGAGUGGACGAACCAGGACAGGGAGGCCUAUGCAGACACUGUAUUUGACUGGGUGGAGCAAUACGCCCCUGGGUUUAAAAAGUCGGUUGUGGUCAGCGACAUCCUGGCUCCACCGGACCUGGAGAGGAUCUUUGGGCUCACUGGAGGGAAUAUCUUCCAUGGAUCAAUGUCGCUGGACCAGCUCUACCUAGCACGACCGUUGCCCUCUCUCUCAGACUACCGAACACCAAUAAAAGGGCUGUAUCUGUGUGGCAGUGGAUCUCAUCCAGGUGGUGGUGUGAUGGGUUCUCCCGGCUGGAAUGCAGCGCUAACUGUCUUGGGGGACAUGAAACGCCACUGAAACACGAGACAGCAUCUGUGUGUGUUCCGCUCAUCAGUGUUCAACCUCUCUUUGGUCUUAUUUGUGUGAAUUUGACUGACCUGAUCGAUUAAUUUUCAUUUAUCAAUCUGAUCAGCUGUCUCUCCAUCAUGCUAUAUGUUUUAAACCUUAUCUGAAAAGAAAAAAGGAACUCAACGAUUGAAUGAAAGAGGUAUUUAGCCUCUUUAUAGGCUGUCCUUGUCAAAAGUCCACCAGUGAAUCACUCCUGGUUUUGAACACUAGUGCAAUACUGCUGCACGAAACCACUUAUACAUUAUAACUGUCAGCAAAAAAAUAUAUUUCCAGUACAAAAUUAAUGUUGAAAAAUGCGUUUUUAGAAUAACUGAAACAACUUCUUAUGUGUAAAUUAAAAUGAUUUCAAGCUUA